AUGGCCAACGCCACGGCAGCUGCGACGACCGGGACGUCGGCCGCGAUCCUCUCGAACGGCCUCCUCAUCUAUGGCCCGAUGCUCCUGCUCGGCUUUGUCCUCUUCGAGUGCGUGCGCUGCCGGUGGCUGUACGAGGUCGCGCCCAAGUCGCCUCUGCCCGACGGCCUCUUCCGCUGGAUCCCGUUCGUGCUGCGACUGACGGACGACGAGCUCAUGGACAAGUGCGGCCUCGAGACGCUCAUGUUCCUGCGCUUCGUCCGCGUCGGGAAGAAGCUCGCGCUCAUGGGCGCCUUCCUCUCCAUCGCGCUCUUCCCGCCGCAAGCGCACUGGGUCGACCGGCUCACGAUCGGCGGCCUCACGGACGGCGACAAGCGCUUGUGGGCGACCGUGCUCGCGGCCUUUGGCAUCACGCUCACGACCAUGUACCUCAUCUACGACGAGAGCGUCGCGUACAAGGAGCGCCGGCACGAGUUCCUCUCCAAGCUCGACACGCAGCAGUACAGCGUGCUCAUCGACGACCUGCCGCUGCACCUGCGGUCGCAUGCGGCGCUGAAAAAGUACCUCGACACGAUCUUCCCGCACCAAGUCGAAGCCGUGUACAUUGCGGUCGAGUCGGGCGAGCUCGAGGCCCGUGUCGCCGAGCGCAUUGACGUGCGCGCCAGCCUCGAGCACGCGCUCGUCCUAGAAGCGCAGUGCGGGCGUCGGCCCACGCACUACCAGUACGACCCGCACUCGAUGUGGUACCACUCCAAGGUCGACUCGAUCGCGUGGUACCGCGACCGGCUCCACGAACUCAACGACGACAUCCGCAUCUCGAUUGCAGCGAUUGAGGCCCAGCAAAAGAACGGCAGCGUCCAGUUCAACGCCAAGCAAGCGCAGCUCCUCGCGACAAAAGCACAUUUUGAAGCGCAGCCGCUCGAGUCGACGCCGCUUCUGCCCAAGCAAGCGGUCCAGCAGCAGCGCCAGCAGGUCGCGUUCGACCUCCACGUGGCCGUGGACGAGGCGGCGGCCCAAUUCGAGCAUGCGUCCAAUGUGCUCCGGUCGGCCGCCUUCGUUGCCUUCUCGACGCUCCAGGCGACCAACACGAUCCAGCAGAUCGUGCAGACCGCGCGUCCGUCCGAGAUGAAGGUGCAGGAGGCGCCGCCCGCCGAAGACAUUGUGUGGGAGAACGUCGGCCGGCUCAACUAUGUCGAGCGCAAGACGGCGCUGCUCUUGAGCAUUGGCAUCACGGGUCUCGCGAUUCUGUUCUGGACCGUCCCGACCACGUUUGUCGUCGCACUGGCGUCGGUAUGUAGAGAGCAUCUGCGGCAAGUGAUCCCGAACCUCGACUCGGCGCUGGUUCAAUUCCCGUUUCUGCAGCCCCUUUUGCAACAGCUUUCGCCGCUGCUGCUCGUCGUUAUGAACAGCUUGGCACCGCUGCUCUUUCGCAUUCUCUCGGUCGGCGAAGGCCACGCGUCCCAGAACGCGAUCGAAGCCUCGCUUUUCACCAAAUACGUCGCGUACCAGCUCGUCCAGGUGUUUUUCGUCUCGGCGAUUGCCGGGUCGAUCUCGGCCAUCUCCGAUCAGCUCGCACGCAUCGCGAAGGAGCCGUUGGAGCUCGUGACGCUCCUCGGGUCGAGUCUGCCGGGGCAGUCGACGUUCUUCUUUAGCUUCAUCCUCGUGCAGACGGGCUUGACGCUGCAUGUGCACCUCUUCCGCCUCGUCGCCAUCGUCCUCGGGAGUGUCUACUCUCUCUUGGCGCCGCAGCUCACGCCCCGCGAGACAAACGCGCCGUGGUACGGCCUCGUGCCCAUGACGGCGUCGACCAAGUUUGACAUUACGAUCCCGCUCGCCCAGCAUUUCCUCAUCUUCCUCAUCGUCUUGACCUUCGCGCCGCUUGCGCCGCUGCUCGCGUACAUGGGUGGUGUCUUCUUCUUCGUGUCGGACAUUGUGUUUCGACGGCUCGCGUGGUGCGUCUUCCAACCGAGCACGCGCUCGACGGGCGUCUACUGGCCGCAGCUCUACGUGUACCUCAUCACGGCGCUCGGCAUCGCGCAAAUCACGCUCCUCGGGCUCCUGACGCUCAAGGAGGCGCCGAGCCAAGUGCUCGCGGCGCUCCUGCUGCCGGCGGCGACGGCCCUUUUCCAUGGCUACAUGCUCGCGCUCUUCCCGCCCGUCUCGGCCUACCUCCCAAUCGAGAUGUGCGUCGCCCUUGACGACCACCGGGCGCGGCUCGGCCACCGCCCGCCCAUCGAUGCCAAUUUGUACAAGCAGCCUGCGAUGCUCGCGGCGACGCCGCUUUCGCCCGAGGUCUAG